AUGUCAAGUGUACAAGAACAAGAGUUACCAGAACCAGACCAUUACAAGGAUGUUAUGAGUGCUGAUGAUGAAGAUGAUGAUGUUGAGAUGCUAGAUUCUGUGAAUGAGGAUCCAACUGUUGGUUGUGCACCUGCACAAGUUGCACGUGGAAAGAAAAAUAGACUUAGAUCCGAAGUUUGGGAAUUUUUUAAACUCGUUAAGUAUAAGGAUGGUACAACGAAGGGGGUGUGCAAGGCUUGUAAUGUAGGAUAUAAAUAUGAAAGCCAAAGAGGUGGAACCUCAGCCAUGAAAAGGCAUAAGUGCAUUAAACGUCAGUCUAUGGACGUAGGGCAGAUGAUAUUAGCUUCACAAAAUAGCCAGCUGUCUACCCGUGUACGCAAGGUUGAUCAAAUGAAAUUACGGGAUUUGUUCUCAGCUUUACUCAUUGCAAGAAAUGUUCCAUUUGCUUUGGUGGAGUGGAAAGAGUUUAGGGAUAUAUGUGCUUAUUUAAAUGAUGACUUUAAACCAAUAUCAAGGAAUACUGGGAAAGCCGAUGUGGUAAAGAAACAUAAAGCACAAAAAGAAGUUAUUCGCAACAGAUUGAAACUUGCUCCAGGUAGGAUAUGUCUAACAUCAGACAUGUGGACUUCUGUAACAACUACUGGAUAUAUAAGCUUAACUGCGCACUAUCUUGAUAAAGAUUGGGUAUUGCAAAAGAAGCUUCUGAAUUUCUAUCCCCUUCCACCACCUCAUACAGGUGAACACCUUUUUCUAAGUUAUUUGCAAUGA